AGCAUAUCAACGCCUUAUCAGAAAGAUUUCAGAUACUAGUAGAACAAAAAUAAAUAGCAAAGUUACUUUUGUGUUGCAUAGUUUAUUUCAUUGACGAUGGAGAGCUUUUUAACGAAAUUUCCCGCCUUGUUGCUAAGUCUCUCCAUUACGUGCACGGUUGUCGCGUGUUCAAACCAGUUUCAAUGGAACCCACCAACGCAUUUCGGUAACUUUUCCGUUAGUGGAGGCUCACUUCAAGCCGAGGCAAAAUCCGGAAGUAAAGAUACAGUGACGUACAUAAGAGCUUCGACACCUCUUCAAAUUUUUCAAUGUACGCGAAAGCUAAGUCUGCUUAGGUGCUUAAAACUGUUUUUGCUGCAGCGCAUGACUGGCCAUAGCAUAUACCCGAACAGUGGAAAUGUUACAAAAGAUUUCCUGAAUCAGAUACUGCACGAAGAUAAGAAUUAUCCAUCUCUGUUGGAUAAGAAAUAUACCAGAAUUGAUGAUAAACAGCUAUCGGAUAUGUUAGUAGAGUGUUUUCAACGAUUCUUCAGAGAUCGGGAAAUAAAACUGCACUUCAUUCCGGGGGUGAUGGUGCGGGUGGUUCCAAGCAAUGAGAAUAGAAUUAAGCUAUCACUGAGACAAGCUGGAGUCCCGUCCGAAAGAAAGCACAAACCCUACAAAAAUAUGCUGCAACUGGCCAUUCCGGUUAUAAUGAUGCCUGCAGUCGCGCUAGGGACAAUCCUGCCAUUUAUGCUGCCCGCUAUUAAAAUGGCUGCAAUAAUGACUGCUAUUAUAAACAAUGGAGCUCUACUAGCCGCGCUCUUGUACGCCGCCCGAAGCAAUUCAUUGAACAACGAGGAACAUGUGGUGCACUACACUCAUCCAGGAUAUCAUUAGAUGCACCGAAUACUGAUCGGAAGCAUA